CGUUAAGCCUUUAACCUGCCCUUGUGCCAACUACAUGUAAUACGGUCACCCCGUUGUUAUACACAGCUCUUAGAGCAUAUGUCUAAUAUCAGUAUCCCAUGCCACAAAUGAUUCCAUACUACUUUGUUAACCAAGCUACCUUUGCCUUCCUAGGUCUCUUUGUUAUUGUAUAUGUUAUAAGUAAGUAUGUACUACCAGCCUUCCUUGAGGUUUUUGUAUCACGUGUAUACAUUACUAAACUAUUAUUAACCGGCACCUUAUGCCUACUACCUGUAACUAGCUCUAAUAGAGUUAACCUGCCCCCCGUGCACUACAGUCUAUAUUGCUUAUUAACCUAAUCCAAGUAGACUAUUGCAUAUCCCUAUGCUUAUUCAACUAUUUCAUUCACCUAUGGACCACUUUGAGGUACAGAGCCUAAUCUCUCUUAACCUACCAAUCCUAGGAUACAUUAAUUUUAGUCUAACUAACCUUGGACUAUAUACACUUAUUGCUAUCUACCUAUCUAUUGCCUUUCAUGUACUAGGUAAUAAUGAUAAUAAGCUUAUCCCUAACUAUUGGAGUAUUGCUCUUGAGACAGGGUAUGCUAGUGUACUUAGUCUAGUUAAAUCACAAGUUGGAGCUGCUAAUGAAGUUUACCUACCCUUCAUCUACUCACUGUUCUUCUUUCUACUAUUCGCUAACCUUAGUGGUAACGUACCUUAUUCAUUUACAGUGUUUACUAGUGGUAUUGCCAGUAUUGGUCUUAGUAUGGUUAUCUUUAUUGGUGUUACUAUCCUUGGCCUAAGUAUCCAUAAGGCACACUUCUUUAGCUUCUUUGUACCCUCAGGCGCUCCAGCUGCCCUUAUCCCUCUACUAGUACCUAUUGAGAUCGUAUCAUAUCUAGCUCGAUCACUAAGUCUGGGUGUGCGACUAUUCGCUAAUCUAAUAUCAGGACACACACUAAUAACUAUCCUUAGUUCUUUUAUAGCACCACUAUUUACAGGAGGUAUCCUUAGUGCUGUACUAGCUCUAGUACCCUUUACUAUCUUCCUUGCUAUUGUAGGUCUUGAGGUCGCAGUAUCAGUUGUACAAGCUUAUGUAUUCUGUAUCCUUACGGCUUCUUACCUUAAAGAUGCUAUUGAUCUACAUUAGUAGUCAGCUCCCUUUUAUUACUAUAGGUAGUUAGAGAACUUAGUUGAGUGGUUUAACGUUGUCUUUACACGACAGAAAGAGUGGUUCGAUUCCAUUAGUUCUUAUAUUAUUACCUAUCCUAUGCCUUAUUCCAUCUUUAAAAAUACCCUAAAUGAUCCCAGUAAAUAAAUAAUAUAUUAGUACUCCUUAACUCUUAACUAACAACCCUUAUACCAGCCAUUAUAACAUUUAUGCCUUACUACUUAUAUGCCGGUAUUCACUACCUCUUGUUUACCUUCACUUUUAGGACGAAACUCACUUUAACCCCUCAGUAUCUCUUUAAUGUCUUAUAUAUCCUAACACCAUUACCUAUCUAGCUAUAGUAAAAGCCCGGUACGCUAUAACCUUACUAGAUCAACUUACUCUACACAAUCAGUUAUAUUCCAACUAUCUUGCCUUAUACUCAACGAAGUUCCUAUCUAACCAGUACCUACGACCUCUUAUCUACUACUCUAUUUCCUUUAACUCUGGAUAGGGUGCCUUGACUAAGGCCUAAUACCAUUAAUAUUAUAUAUUUAGUAUAUUAAGCUGUAUUGUAGCCUAGUAUCUUUAGUUAGAGUGGAUC